AUGGUCUCGUCCCGACAACACGCCCCCCCCCCCCCCGGCUCCCUCGCUGUGGCCGGUGCCGCGGGUCGCGGCGGCCCCUACGGCGGCGGCGGCAUCCCCGUGCACGCGCCUCCAGGCCCAGGCGAGUCUCGAACCCGUGUCCUCACCCCGGCCCUUUCCCGGCAUGCCCCGGGUGGGCGGGCAGUGCCCCGGCGCCCCCUGGGGGUUGUAGUCCGCAGGGGCACUACUAACCCUGUGACGUGCGCCGUGAGGAACUACAGCUCCCAGCAGGCCUUCCGCGCAGCCGCUCUAGCUGCGCCGGCUUGCCGGCCGCCGCCAUCUUGCUUCGCCGGCCUCCAUCGGCGUGAAGGGGGGGUUCAGGCGGCAGCGGCGGCGAGCGGCGGGGCCAUGCUGGGCUCUCUCGCGGCCCGCCCGCCGCCACCGGCGCUGGCGGGGCUCCUGCGGGCGCGGCCGCCGCUGGCUCCGCCGGCGGAGGGGGCCGGGAGCGCCGAGCAGCGGCUGCUGACGGGGUGGGCCGCCAGGGGGCGCCGGCGGUCCGCGCCGCCGGGCCUGGGGGUGUCAUGGCGGGGGCAGGGCCCCGGGGGGAGCCCCCUGUCAGUGGGGCCAGGCCUUGGGGGGACCCCCUUGUCAAUGCGGCCAGGCCAUGGGGGUACCCUCUUAAGAAUGGGGGGCUCGCCCCUAUUAGUGGGGCCAGGCCCCAAGGGGCCCCCCAUUGCUGAGCAGCAGUUCCCGGGCCCGGCCCCCCCGCAGCACCCCAGCACUGCCCUGCGUGGCGCAGGCCGCCCCAUGGCAUCCCCCGCCGUGCCCCAUGGGGAGCCGUCACCGGGUCCUGUGGGUGCUGAGCGCCGCUGGCACCAUGGAGGAGAGCCCAAGGGGCGCCGGAGAGGAGCUGUGCUGCCCGGCCUGGCUGCUGCAGUGGCCUUCUGCUACCUCCGGGACCGCCUGUCCAAGGAAGAUGCUCUGCUGGAAGCCGCGAGGAUCAACAACGUUUCGGAAGUCAGCAGGUUGCUGGUGGACGGCGCAGACGUGAACGCGAGGCACAGGCUGGGCUGGACGGCUCUCAUGGUGGCAGCCAUCAGCAGGAACUCCAGUGUGGUGAAGGUCCUGCUGGCAGCCAAUGCAGAUCCAAACCUUGGAGAUGAUUUCAGCAGCGUCUAUGAGACUGCCAAGGAGAAAGGCCUCCACUCUUUGGAAGUGCUCGUGACCCGGGAGGACGACUUCAACAACCGCCUCAACGUCAGAGCCAACUUCAGGGGCUGCACGGCGCUGCACUACGCCGUGCUGGCGGACCACGGCCCCACCGCCAGGCUGCUGCUGGAUGCAGGUGCCAACCCCCUGCAGAAGAACGAAAUGGGACAUACCCCCCUGGACUACGCUCGGGACGGGGAGGUCAAGGACCUUCUGAAAGCAUCAGAGGCAAAGUUCCAGGAGGAGCAGCGCAGGAGGGAGGUGGAGGAACGCCGGAGGUUCCCGCUGGAGCAGCGGCUCAAGGAGCACAUCAUCGGGCAAGAGAGCGCCAUUGCCACGGUGGGAGCAGCCAUUCGGAGGAAGGAGAACGGCUGGUACGACGAGGAGCACCCGCUCGUCUUUCUGUUCCUGGGAUCCUCUGGAAUAGGUAAAACGGAGCUGGCCAAGCAGACAGCCAAGUACAUCCAUAAGGAUGUCAAAAAGGGCUUCAUCAGACUGGACAUGUCGGAGUUCCAGGAGAGGCACGAGGUUGCCAAGUUCAUCGGCUCUCCCCCGGGCUACGUGGGCCAUGAGGAGGGUGGGCAGCUCACCAAGAAGCUGAGGCAGUGCCCAAACGCCGUGGUGCUCUUCGAUGAGGUGGACAAAGCCCACCCAGACGUCCUCACCAUCAUGCUGCAGCUCUUUGAUGAGGGCAGGCUGACGGACGGGAAGGGGAAGACCAUUGACUGCAAAGAUGCCAUCUUCAUCAUGACCUCCAACGUGGCCAGCGACGAGAUCGCCCAGCACGCCCUGCAGCUGCGCCAGGAGGCCCUGGAGAUGAGCAAGAACAGGAUCGCAGAAAACCUCGAGGAUGUCCAGAUGACCGACAAGAUCACCAUCUCCAAACAGUUCAAGGAAAAGGUCAUUCGCCCCAUCUUGAAGGCUCACUUCAAACGUGACGAGUUCCUGGGCAGGAUCAAUGAAAUUGUCUAUUUUCUGCCCUUCUGCCACUCGGAGCUCAUCCAACUCGUCAACAAGGAGCUGACCUUCUGGGCCAAGAAGGCCCAGGCAAGGCACAACAUCACCCUGCUCUGGGACAGGGAGGUCAUGGACGUGUUGGCUGAUGGCUACAACCUGCACUAUGGAGCCCGCUCUAUCAAACACGAGGUCGAGCGGCGCGUGGUGAACCAACUGGCUGCUGCCUACGAGCAGGACCUGCUGCCCCGCGGCUGCACCCUCAGGAUCGCGGUGGAGGACUCGGACAAGCAGCUCCUCAAGACCAAGGAGAGCUCAUCCCCGGGAGCAGAACGAGGCAAGGUCCCCACGCUGCGCCUGGAGAUCGUGGAGAAGGACAGCAGGGCCCGCAAGCUGGACAUCCAGGCUCCCCUCAGCCCCGAGAACAUCACCUACUUCCUGUAGGCACCACGGGUGGGCAAGAAGGCGCCCUCGGGCUCCGCUGGCCCCGGGGGUGAGGAUGGGCAGGGGGUGGGCAUGGACAGACCCCCCCGGGACAGUGGUGGGGUGGAGGUGGGAGCAGGGGACACGCCGGUGGAGGGUCUUGGGGUUCUUUAAGCGCUAGAGAAGGUGAUGGACCUUCUUGAGGAGGGGAAAGCAGCUUUCAGAGCAUGCAGGAGAUGGGGGAAGGAUGCGGCAUCUGUUCCACAGGCGCUGCUGGGAUCCCGGGUUGGGAAGGGGGAGGCAGGGGCGGGAUGUGCCACCACUCACAUGGAGGAGCCACCACGCUGUGUGGGUUUGCCCAGUUAUUUAUUGCAAUAAAGGUGACUUGUGACCUGGA